CGAACACCAUACCACUGGCUAUUAUAAACCUUGGGAGGUCCAAAUGCAUGAUGGCCUUAACCUCAAAGUAUAUAUUGCUGACAAGUAUUCUUCUUUCUUUAACCCUCAUGUCCUCUACCCAAACCUGCUCAAACUACACCUUUUCAAACAAGCAAGUCUUCAGAUCUUGCAGUGACCUUCCAGUACUGCAGGGACAUCUCCAUUGGAACUACAUGCCAUCUACCAAAAGAAUUCAGAUUGCUUAUAGAGCCACCCAGACUUCAACCGGAUGGAUUGCAUGGGCAAUCAAUCCAACUGCUACAGCCAUGCUAGGAUCACAGGCACUUGUUGCUUUUCGUUAUCCUAAUGGAAGUAUGACUGCAUAUCCAACACCUAUAACCAGCUACAAUCCUUCAAUGCAGCCAGGAACUCUCAGCUUUAAGGUAUCAAAAAUCUCAGCAACAUAUGCAAAUAAUGAGAUGAUUAUAUUUGCCGAGAUAGGCCCACUAAAUAAAAGAACUACCAUUAAUCAUGUAUGGCAAGCUGGAAGUUCAGUUUUAAACAAUGUCCCUCAGAUACAUCCAACGUCAGGGGCUAAUAUUCAGUCCAUGGAUACGGUGGAUUUUCUGACAUGAUUAAAGAAAAGAUCGGAAACUCAUGGCCCCUCCUAUAUUUCAUCAUUUCAAUUUCCAACUAUGUAUGCGGGAUUCAACUUCAGUCUUGAGUAACUUCUCAAGAGAAUUAUUACUAUCAACCCUUAGGUAGCUAAGGAAACUGUCAAACCCACAGUUUAUGAACUGGCAAGUAAUAAAUUAAUUCAUGUUUCAGACAUUGUUGUUAUCCAGUCAUACCUUUCAACCUCAUUCAUUUCUCAGUACAACAAUUCUUUGUUUUCUUUGUGUCCCACUAACUGGUUCCUUGUAUAACAUUUGUCAACUAUGACAUAGAAAGACUCGGCAUAUUGAAAGGUAUACAGCAGUCCUAUGUUUCACCAUUGUUCAUUUCUCCAUACAACAAGGCAAAGCAAACAAACAAUAACAGAAUAAUACAUUAAUUUGGCAUAUCUGAAGGAAGGCAUAUAGCAAUCUAAAAGGAUUGCUACUAACCCUGUGUGUC